CUGGAACUGGAGCACCCAGAAGCACCCAAGUGCCUGCAACCUGCAAUCUGCACUCUGCACCUGCUGCUUCCUACACAAACCUUCCACACCCAACUCAACCUCCCCUCGCCUCUCAACUCUCACCUCACCUCAUCCACACUUUGGUGAAGCUGCACUUCCUCGCAGUGGCCAGCAAAGACACAAUUCCAUCCUCCACCCACUCGAAUUCCUCUCCCCGCCCAAAUUAUACUCUCGAGUCACGUCAUCGCCGUAUCGCAUUCCCGUACAAUCCCAUUGUUCGUCGGUCGCCUACAGGGACGAGUGCUCGAGUACACCCCGCGGUGUCGAACACAGAACCGUGGUCUUGGGAGGAUCGUCGCCCGUGCGACUCCAACCAAAAAAAUCGACUUUUUCCAUAUCCACGACUUGACGUUCUGGUCAUGCCACCGAGGCGACAGUGUACUAGACAAAACCAAAUCUGCCAGUCCCGGAGUCCCGACCGGUAUGCAGCAAGCAUCAAUUGACCCAGACUUCACCACACGAGUUCACGACUUGCGCACUCCAUCCACUCCUCGCUCGUCCCCUCUGCGGAGGUAGACGGGCGUGGCUGCGACAAUCGAAAUGGGCAUCUACUCGCCCCCUCCCCCGCUACGAUCUUUUCAUGACGAUAAAGCCACUUUGUUGGUCUGUUGGUGGUGCACGCUCUUCGCCGCCGUCAUUAUAUUAUUUCGUGUAUGCGGACGAUAUAUUCGCACCGAGCGAUUGUUCAAGGAGGAUUGGUUGGCGUUCGCUUGUUUGAUCCCAUUGUUUUGUCGCAUGGGCGUCGUUCAUGUCAUUCUGAUAUUUGGGACGAACAAUUCGGAAAUCGCCGACUUUUCCGAGCAUGCCAUUCACCGGAGGGUAAUUGGGAGCAGGUUGGUCCUGGUUUCCAGAUUGUUAUACGCCGCGACGUAAGUUCAUGUUUCAAGUCUCUUUUCAAGGAUCUCCUGGCAACUAACACCUUGACAGAUUAUGGAUGCUCAAGAUGACCAUUAGCGAAUUUUUCAAGCGUCUGGUGUCGAGCAUCUGGCGGGAAUCCUACGAACGAAUGUUGGUUUUCAUACGUUGGUUUCUACUAGUGACCUUUGUGGCGGUGGUGGUCACGGAUCUAGCGGAGUGUCAACCGUUUAGUCAUUACUGGCAGGUCGUUCCCGAUCCAGGUCCUCACUGCCGACAAGGUUACUCCCAGUUGUUGAUGAUGGGUAGUGCGAAUGUGGUGACAGAUUUGUUACUGGUUCUAUUUCCAGUGCCUAUCAUCGUCACUUCUAAAAUGAGAGUCACCAGGAAAGUUCAGUUGGUGUGUCUAUUUGCGGGAUCGCUACUGCCAGCAGGCACAACACUUUAUCGUUUACCAAUGAUCAUCGACCGACAGGGAAGUCAACAGUAUCGUUCACUUCUAGCAUCGGUGGAAAUUUUAUUUGCGACGGCCGUGGCCAAUGCCUUGAUUUUGGGAUCGUUUAUUCGAGAUAAAGGAGUAAAGAAGCAUAGAUGGAAGUUUGGAUCGAUGAGCGAUAGUAUUGAACGAACGACGAGUCGAAGAGGAAACGCGAUGCGACAUUGGGGGAGUGAUGAGGAUUUGGUGAGAGAUCUGGGAAUGGCUGUGGAUCCGGAAUUAAGAGAAGCAAAUCCCACGCCCCGACCAGCUCCCAUGGCUACCGCUGGCUACAAAUCGUCAAAAUCGAGCGAUAUGCAUGACUGGAAUUUUCCCACGGGGAGAAGUGAAGCUAGUGAUGAGAUAGAUCUCAUGAAGCAGGAUGGAAUGGGACUUGUGGAUCUCACCAGUCCUCGGAGGGUCUCUUUUUUCGACGUCGGAGGGUUGCUGGACGAAGAUAGACCACGACGAAUCAGUUCUGUGAGGACGACCGAUACGGACGGAGAGAGUUCGAUGCAACCUACCUGGUCUUUUGAGGCUGGUCUUUCACCUCCUCCUCCACCAAGAAAGGGAUCCGCGGCUUUACUUCAUGAUCUAGGGGGUUUCCUGAGUCCGAGGAGAGAUCGGUCUGGAUUUAUACCUAGGGGCUUUGAAUUACAGACCAUGCAGGAGACUUCGCGGGAGCAUUCUCAAUGCAGUAUGAGGAAUAAUUUGGAGAGACAGCAGACGAACAUCUCACUUCAAGAUGUCGGCGGACUUUUGAAGUGAGCUAUUGAGGUUGGAUGUGUGGAAGUGAUGCAUCAAAUAAAGAACAAUCUCUUUUUGGGGUUGCACAAAUAGGACAGGCUGAAUCGAGUCUAGACGGAUUCCGCGAUACGCCACUUUGAUCUGGAUGAGUUGGUGAAAGUAUACCACCGCCAUUCGGAACUACCACUUGACCACCAACGCAAGAACGCUUGGUGAGACAUUAUAACGACAUGAAUCGGUAAAACAUUUCUCUGAAAUCUUAUAAGAAUCGGAAGACUUGGGCCAUGUCCACCGAUUACACAUACCAUUUACGAGAUACGACCCCUUUAUGUCCUGUACUAUACUAUAUACUUUGUGGGUUUGGCUUAGCAGGCGAUACAUGGAUCUUCGCCUUUUUACAUUUACAUCUUUGGGAACUUUGGCGUUUUUA